AUGGUCGAAACGUCAGAUCCGCUGGACGCAAGCGCAGCGGCGCCGGAAGCCGGAAGUUGUGGUGGCGCACACAAUCUGGAGGCACUGGCAACACUGAAUCAAGUGCAGGCUGGCUUUGUUUUAUGUUCAGAACGUCGUUGCGGACGCAUAUUAGCUCAUAACAUCGUACUUACAGCAUCUGCAGUUCGGACGGAGUCACUGCGACUUACUACAAAAUGA